AUGCCUUCCAGAAGGAACACAUCAGCUGCUAGCCAGCCUGCAAUCGUCACGCCGACCGAAACACCCCUGCGGCAGACCCGAGCUCGCUCGAAGCUCAACAACUCCCCUCGCCUCAUGACUGGUCUCGACCAUCGUGGACGAGCCGUUGACCCUCUUUCGACAGACCCCGAGAACAUCAUCUUCGACGAUGUGGUCAGGAAGCUUCGUCGCAAGAAGAAGAUCAUCUUUCGGCACGGGAGCGAGAUUCCCGAGUCUCCGACAAAUAAUGUCAAGGCUGCGAAGCGCGCCCAGUUAAGAAAGAAGGUUCCUGCCGUUUCCCCCGCGUCGGUUGCCUCUUCUUCUCAUUCUCGAUCCACGUCCUCAAGCUCAUCCGAUCCGGAUCCAGACGGCGGAGCGCCCCUUAACCCUCAGUCCUCCUCCUCAAGCUCCUCCGAUUCAGACUCGGAUGGUGGUGUGCCCCUAACUUCUCGAUCCCCGUCCGAGAGCUCUUCGGACUCAGAUUCAGAUGGCGGCGUACCCCUCAAUUCUGCAAGCCAGUCUUCGUCUUCUGGGCUCGAGAGUGGCCAUGCCACCUACGGCUCCUCAGCCUCCCGAUCCCUCUUGUCCUCGGGUCCCUCCCACCAUUCUGGUGCUUCUCACCACUCGGAUCACUCCGGCUCUGGUCCCUCCGGUGCCGGUGCCAGUGCACCUUUGGGAGAUGAUGACCUGGGUUCGGCCAGCCAGCCUCGGCCUAGUCCUUCCAUUCGGGGUACACCAAACCAGCCUGAGCCCCGUGAAAGGCUUCCACCUCGGGUCCCUUGCCCUACCCCUGCCUCAGAUGCCAGUGAGGACACUUCUAUGGAGAACGGCGUCGAAACGAUCAAGACCCUUCCCCUUCUUCCUAGUAACGCUGUCCAGGGUUUCGAGUUUCGGGAUUGGUAUUCGAACCGAUUUAGUGAGCCACCCACAAGGAAGCCCAGUCCGGAAGAUGUCAGGUUGACUACCGUCGACAAGACUGGUAGCGUCGUUGCCGUGGCAGGCGAUUCCAACCCGCCAACACUCUCCGACGAUGACGGAGACCAGUCACCUCGGGCAGCCACACGUCGCACCCGAGCCGGCUGCGCUGCUGACUCUCUCCGUAAGCGGCGACGAUCUAAAGACGACGGGAGCGCUCCCCAGGCAGCCAAGAAGCCCCGAGUGGAGGAACCUAUCUCCUUCUCUCGCACAUUCAGUCUUCCCUACGAUGACGAGAGCGAUAUCGCGCCCCAAAUACUCGACCGCGUUGAGGAGAAGGAGGAGGAGGAUAUUUUCUACUCCCCCACGUACGAUAUCCCCGUCACCGAGCAGAGCGACAUCAACCCGAUCCCUUCACCGGUGCUCACCACUACCAAGAUCCCCGGGCUUGCCUUCCUGGAGACCCAGAAUGUAAGCAUCACCACUGACAACGUGAGCCCCAAGGUUCUAACACCUAUCGAGGCCCCGGCUGAUUUCGACAGCGAAGUUCCGGGGCUGUACGGGUCUGGUAAGAGACCGCGCCUGCACUAUGACUGGUAUGAGCAGUACCAUAGGUUUGGCCCCGAUUGUAAAAAGGUCCACGGCUGCCGACAUGGCCAAUUCUGCCACGAGUGCCAUGCCGACUGGCACAAGGCCUGGUCCCAUUUCUUCAAGAGGCAAGACGAGGUAGACGAUGAGGUGGCUGCCACGGCCAACUAUGACAUCCGCAAGGGGUAUCUAGGGAUAGCACUGGGAUUCGAGCAUAGUCCAAAACCAGUGAUUGAACCAAUCCCUCCCCGUGGAGGCAAGAUACGAACCCACCCUGCUCGGAUUGCCAAGGAGAAGCUAGCUUUGAUGAAGAGGAUGGCAGAGUCAGGUUGA